UUCUCUCAUUGGUCUGCUAUACAUUUAACCGGAUCCCACCUCUGUCUUCUUCGCUUCUGUUAUUUGUCAAUGGCUGCUGUACCUGCUGCUACGGGAGAAUGGCGGAGGUCAGUCGGAGGUUGGGGAGCGGAGUGUACAGAUUUUCAACUAUCAGAAACGCACCGACUCACUCCCUCCCCAGCGCCGAAGGCCAACGACACGGAACGAUGUCAGUAGUAGCAGCAACCUCUAUACUUGGAGCCAGAACCUGUAAAGCCAAGGUAACCGGCCAAGGGAUUUACGAAUGUCAGCCGGUGUCAACAAGGGACAGUCAGGCAAGUUCCUGGGAACCUGAAAGUAAAAACCUAAAAGAGAAGGCCCAGGAAUGCACGGAGGUAGAGCACAUUGAUCAAAUACUUUCUAGCCUAAAACACGAGAACAGGCUGGGGUAUGGGACAUUACCUCAAGUUUGGUCAAAUUGUGAUUUGUUUUUAUUAGACAUUGAGGCUAUACCCGCUAUCAAAUUAGCAACUGUUCAGGAUAGUGAGCUCAGACAGUCACCUUUGUACCUGUGGCCCAGUGUACAGCCUCUGUCCCAUGGUAACCUAGUAACAGUGCACAGGAUGAUGUGUUGGAAUAGCAGAGGCGUUGUCAUGGCCAGCUUUCACCCUGAAACCUUUGGGUCACCUCAGCAGCUCCGAGCAUUCAGCACGGUCAUGCUCAACCUGGCAGAGCAGCAGUCAGGCUGGUUUAGACCUCACCCAAAUCUCCUGCACUCCACCCGGGCUUACAACAAAAACAACAAGUCAGACAUCCCGCCUCUUCACAGGAGCAGAACAGCCUACUAUGACAUCCUCCAAGUGUCCCCGAGCGCCACCCAAUCCCAAAUAAAGACAGCCUACUACAAGCAGUCGUUCAUCUACCACCCAGACAAGAACCCCGACAACGAGGAGGCCACCCAGCGUUUCUCUGAGAUCAGCGAGGCCUAUAGCGUGCUGGGGAGCAUGGCCCUGAGGAGGAAGUACGACCGCGGCAUCCUCAGUGGGUCAGACAUCCAGGCGGCCGGGAGACCCUCGGAACGGGAGUCCACCUCCAGCACCAGAGCCUCUGGCCCACAGCAGUAUCAACAACAGCAGAGAUCCCGGCGGUUCUCCAACGUUGGAGGGAAGGCCAUGUUUGACUUUGAUGCCUUCUUCCAGGCUCACUAUGGAGAGCAGCUGAUGAGGGAGAAGGAGCUGAGGGCCAGAAAGGCCCAUUACCAGCAGAAACAGCAGCAGGAUUAUAAGCAGUGGAAGCUGGGGAAGAUGUUGGAGAUGACUGUAGGGGUGCUGUUGGCCAUGGGAGGAGUCAUCUUCUUCAGUAUCACCAGGUCCUGACUGUAGGGGUGCUGUUGGCCAUGGGGAGGAGUCAUCUUCUUCAGUAUCACCAGGUCCUGACUGUAGGGGUGCUGUUGGCCAUGGGAGGAGUCAUCUUCUUCACUAUCACCAGGUCCUGACUGUAGGGGUGCUGUUGGCCAUGGGAGGGGUCAUCUUCUUCACUAUCACCAGGUCCUGACUGUAGGGGUGCUGUUGGCCAUGGGAGGAGUCAGGGGUCAUCUUCUUCAGUAUCACCAGGUCCUGACUGUAGGGGUGCUGUUGGCCAUGGGAGGAGUCAGGGGUCAUCUUCUUCAGUAUCACCAGGUCCUGACUGUAGGGGUGCUGUUGGCCAUGGGAGGAGUCAUCUUCUUCAAUAUCACCAGGUCCUGACUGUAGGGGUGCUGUUGGCCAUGGGAGGGGUCAUCUUCUUCAGUAUCACCAGGUCCUGACUGUAGGGGUGCUGUUGGCCAUGGGAGGAGUCAGGGGUCAUCUUCUUCAGUUUCACCAGGUCCUGACUGUAGGGGUGCUGUUGGCCAUGGGAGGGGUCAGGGGUCAUCUUCUUCAGUAUCACCAGGUCCUGAAAUAGAAAUAAACCAACCUGUCCCUGCUG